AUGUCGACCUACAACACCCGCAGCUCCGUGCUAGGAAAACGACCCUACACCGAGCCAACGACUCCCGAAGCCAAGCUCCAAUUGCAGACCCCCGACAACACUCCCCUCCCAAAACGACCCAGAAUAUCCAGCACCGUCGUGGACCCAAAUGCGAACAAGGAAAACAUCCCUCCGUUCAACACAGAGCCUAUCUCGUCCCCAUCUCCCCGAACGACGCGUGCGUUGAGGCGUUCAACGACCUUAGAUGGCUCUCCAACGCGUGCUAGAAUAGCAAUCACCAGACGCGCAUCGACCUCAACAAUUGUCCCUCCAACACCAACCGUUGAGAUUGCUGAACUUUCUCUUGCUACUCCACCACCUACUCCGCCCAGCUCCCUCCUCCCCAUUCAUGUUCAGGCUCGCGCCUUGCUUCGUGCGACUUGUAAUAGUCCUGCCACCGACAUGGCCGCUCGCGAAGAAGAGCGUGCUGUAGUCACCCAGUUCUUCACGUCUCUUGUUGACGAAAACGAAGUUGAACACACGAGCUUAUACAUCUCUGGCUCACCUGGGACUGGGAAGACGGCCCUUGUUAACUCCGUUCUCCGCGCCUUGUCUCCCGAUCAAGUGAAGGUCAUCAUCAUCAACUGCAUGGCGUUGAGCACGGUUGAGAUCUUGUGGGAACGUAUCGUGGAAGAACUAGGUGGCAAUACCGACAAGAAGCGAAAAACAGCCGGUCGCCUGACGAAAUUGAAGGGACAGGAACUCGUCGCGUCUUUGCUGGACGCCCAUCGUACUAAAUGUAUCAUCGUUCUCGACGAGCUCGAUCACAUUGCUCCUACGCCACAAGUUCUAUCGUCGCUUUUCUCGCUUUCCGCCACCCGCCAGAAGACGGCACGCAUAAUUGGAAUUGCCAACACCCACACCCUAACUGCUUCCUCUUCUGUUGUUCCAGUUGCUGGCAAUGUCCGCACACUGCAUUUUGCUCCCUAUACUCCUACUCAGCUGCUCCAAAUUAUCGAAAGUAGACUGGCUCCCAUGUACAACUCGAUCUCCUCGGAUGGCGAUGAGGCUUCGGAUGCCGCAAAGCAAGCAGCGAAAAAGUUUCUUUCGCCACCGGCAUUGACUUUGCUGACCAAGAAAAUCGCGGCCCUUACUGGAGAUGUUCGCAGCUUAUUUGAAGUUUUGCGUGGUGCUAUCGACCUCGCUGUUUCAUCGGCCGCAACACAGUCACCCACUCGUCCAAGCGAGAACCCUCUUAAUCCCACUGUGACUAUCGCAGUCUCUCCUUCCCAUAUUCUCUCGGCGCUCAAAGCCCAUGCACCCUCCCAACCACGCAAUGCUGUCUCCGCAGCUCCGAUAGCUGCCAGCAGUGAAGUUGUGUCAAAAGUGUCCUCGCUUGGACUCCAUGCACGACUUGUUCUUCUUGCGCUUUUGGUCUCCACCAAACGGCUUGAAGCCGGCCUGUCGCUCUCCUCUUCGUAUUCUGGCCCAUCGUCACCCGUAAAACGAACGACAUCGAUGGCCGUGCUUGGCGCUAUUGACCCAACGCAGCUUCAUGCCUUCUAUUCGGCCAUACUUGCGCGUUCGGGCGAAGGCGUGUUCUCUGCUGUUUCGCGGAGCGAAUUCUCCGAUCUCGUGUGCAUGCUUGAGGGUGUUGGGCUGGUCGCUUGUGGGCCUUCAAAUGGCUUACCUUCCGGUGGCCCAACGACUCCCAAAACCAAGCGCACUUUCUCGAGGUCGGCGUCGUUUGGUCAGGGGGGCAACAAGGCGGGGUCAGGUGACAUCCAGUUGGCGCAGGCGGUCCGCACAGACGAAGUUCUUCGCGGACUCGGUGUUGGCGCUGUGGAUGCCAACCCAGACGUUGCAGCGGAGGAAGUCAACGCGAUCUGGCUGAAAGAAAACGCCAGGCUUACGCGUGAUAUCGCUGCUCGGGAAACCAAGUCUCAAAAGGAGAAGGAGAAGGCAGUCGCCAGUUUUGACGAUGCAAUGGAGCAUUAA